AUGGCCGUUCUCCAGCAGUACGACUGGAUCCUUGCCAUUACCACCAUCGCCUUUUGCGGCAGCAGCUUUGGUAACGGAGCCAACGAUGUUGCCAACUCGUACGCAACGUCGGUGGCCGCGCGCAGCCUUACCAUGCCCCAGGUCGGCUUCCUGAGCAUGAUUACCGAGUUUGUCGGAGCUGUUGCCCUGGGAAAACGCGUGACCGGCACCAUCAAGAAUGACAUUAUCGAUCUGGAUCAUUUCGUCCCCACCCCUUCAGUUCUCAUGCUCGUCAUGGGUUGCGCCGAGGUCGGCUCUGCCACUUGGCUCCUCGUGGCUACCAAGCUGGGAUUCCCAGUUUCUACUACUCAGACCGUGGUCGGAGCUCUUGUAGGAGCUGGAAUCGGGUCCCAGGCCCAGGUUACUUGGAGAUGGACCGACGGCAGCGUCUCCCAGGUCGCCGCGUCGUGGGCCAUCGCGCCCCUCAUCUCGGCCGGCUUCUCUGCCCUGCUCUUCGGCACCCUCAAGUUUUUUAUUCUUGAGCGCCAAAACUCAUUCGAAAAGGCGCUCCGAGCCAUUCCCAUCUACCUAGCCUUCACCGGUGCCGUGCUUGCGCUGUUCAUUACUAUCGAGGCACCUAGCGCCCCUUCGCUUGAGGAGCUUGGGGCUGGCACCGCGGUCGGAAUCAUUCUUGGAGUCUUUUUCGGUGUCCUACUUAUUGCCUACGUCUUCUUCGUUCCUUACUUCCACCGUGUCGUCGUCAAGAAUGACGUCCGCAUUCGGCCUUGGCAUAUCCCCCUUGGGCCGCUCCUCUGGCGUGAAGACCCCCCUUUGUACUUCCCUGGCAAAGGCGACUCCAUGGUUGUCGACUACUAUGAGUCAGCCCAUGACAAGGAUGAGCAAGACGAACAUGCAUCUGGCGACCCUGCAAAACCUUUGAAGGGGCACGACAACCCUCCUGACGCUGCCGAGCGGAAGGCAGUUCCUGACACCCACAACGGCCACGGUGCAGACAACACGAAUGACGAUACCGCCGUGGCUCCCAGGGCACAGAACCUGACUGGCCUUGAAGAGCUCGAGAGGGGCGACGCCCCAGGCAUGCGCCGUCGCCGGCGGGUGCGCCAUGUUGAGCCGGAGGAGCGCUGGCUUGUUCCUGUCCGCCACUUGCCCAUCUACCAUCCCCGACGACUUGGUAAUCUCGCCAAGUACUUCCUUCUCCAAGGUGUCACACGCGAUUGCGUAACGCAUGCUUCGCAGGCGCUCGCCGAUGUUCACCGCAAGGCCAAACGUUACGACAACCGUGUCGAGCACUUGUGGACCUACGCACAGGUUGCCUCGGCUAUGAUGAUGUCCAUCGCUCACGGCUCCAACGACGUUGCCAACGCCGUAGGCCCCUGGGUCGCCAGCUACCAGACCUUCCGAACCGGCGUCGUGGAAGAGGACUCUGACACGCCAAUCUGGAUCCUUGUGGUAGCAGGAUUCUUGCUGGGCGCGGGCUUCUGGUUCAUGGGUCAUCACAUCGUCAAGGCGCUGGGAAACAAGAUCACGCAGCUUUCACCCACACGAGGCUACGCGAUGGAGCUUGGCGCCGCCAUCACUGUACUGCUUGCGUCGCGACUCGGCCUUCCCGUCUCGACCACGCAGUGUCUGACGGGGGGUGUUGUCGGGGUCGCCCUUAUGAAUGGGGACGUGGGUGCCGUCAACUGGCGCCAGCUGAUCUGGAUCUUUAGUGGUUGGAUCUUGACGCUUCCAUCGGCUGGUCUGAUUGCUGGUCUGCUUACAGUCAUGGCUUUGAACGCUCCUCAGUUUGGUUAA